AUGCAUAACGAGAAACAGCGCGUUUCAACCUAUUGUAAGAAAAAAUGUGGAUGGAGAGUAUAUGCGUCAUGGAAGAGUAGUACAAAAUACUUUCAAAUCAAUACAUUAUUUAAUGUUCAUAACUGUGGUAGUCAUUACUACAAUAAAAGAGCAUCAAUCAAGUGGGCAGCACACCAAUACAUUAAUAGCUUCAGAGAUCAAGCUAAUUGGAAGGCAAGUACUUUGAAAGUGGCGAUUCGAAGGGAUUACAAUGUAGAGAUGACUUUGCUUGCUUGCCACCAUGCCAAAGGAAUGGCAUUGAAGUUGUUAACUGGGUCACGUGAUGAGCAGUACAAACUUACAAGAGUAUAUUGUAGUGCAAUACGUAAGUGGAACCUUGGUAACUCAGCUUACAUACAAAGAGAUAUGGCAUUCUUCCAAAGGAUGUAUGUUUUCGUAGCUGCUUGUCAGCAUAGUGGGCAGCUAUAUGUUGCCAUUGCACGGGGUGGGAAUGAUGACAUCUUCCCAAUAGCAUAUGCUAUAUGUGAGACUGAAAGUAGAGAUAUAUGGACAUGGUUUUUAAACACUUUGUUGGAGGAUACUGAGAAUUCAAGGGAGCACACAUGGUUAUUUAUGUCUAACAGACAAAAGGGAUUGAUGGAAGCCAUAGAGUAUCUGAUGCAUGAUGUUUAG